AUGCACUUGGACUUGUCAGAAAAUAAUCUCCAUGGACCUAUUCCUCCUGAAAUAGGCAUGCUCAUCCAACUGCGUUGUCUCUACCUCUAUCACAAUCAGUUCUCGGGCAAUAUUCCUUCCUCAAUAGGAAACUUGUCACAGCUGGUUGUUUUGCAAUUGCUAAGAAACAGUCUCACAGGUCCUAUCCCUCCUGAAAUAGGGACUCUCACCCAACUACAAGAGCUCAAGCUCUUUGAAAAUCAGUUGUCAGGUUCUAUUCCCCCUGAAAUAGGGAAUCUCACCCAACUACAGCAGCUCAAUCUCUUUGAAAUCAGUUGUCAGGAAAUAUACCAAAUUCCUUAG